AUGCGAGGGACCCUCCGACUGCUCGCGAGCGUCAAGCCCGUGCGGUUCCUCGAGCCCGGCGCGCCCACGGGCCUGACGGGUCUCUUCGCCAACCCAUCCCCGCGAUCGACCCUCCUCUACCUGUACUCAAGCACCCUCGACAGGCUCAGGGCCGUCCCCGAGACCUCCCUCUACCGACAGUCCGUGGAGGCCGUGACAAAACACCGCAUGUCGCUCGUGGAGUCCGUGAAGCCCGCGGGCUACGACGAGUGGCUGGCAAAGGCGCGGCAGAUCCUCGAGAAGCACCCGGAGCACUUCAAGGAGACGGCGCACAAGACGGCGGACGGGUCGCUGGCCGCGGGCCUGGAGCAGAAUGGCAAGUUCUUUGUCCUGCGCCAGACGCAGGCAGACCUGGACAGCCGGUACAAGGAGUGGGAUGGUGAGGAGGAUGAGGGCCCCGAGAAGGAGGGCAGCAGGACCCUGGAGGAGAGGCGGGACCAAGCGCUGCUGUCCCGGAAUCCCUUCGAGGGUGAUGGCAUCGAGUGGACGGACGAGCCCAAGUUGACGAUAGAUCAGGUUGAGGAGCUCGAGAACAAGAUCGGCGCGGGUCUUAUUGAGGAGGUCAUUCAGGUCGCCGAGGGAGAGCUUGGACUCAUCGAUACGAUUGUGCAGUCCAAGGCAUGGGAGAGCCUCGAGGAAAAGCCCAAGGAGGGACAAUGGGUGUACUUCGAGCGGAAGGAGUAA